CCCUUGUUAUUAACUGUCAUGUGAUGGCCAUUUAUCAGUUGACGAGUAGGCAGAUACUUUUAACGGAUUAUAAAUCUUUAUUUCCGUGUAUGAAACUUUAACGUGCAAUACAAAUAAUGGCUGGAGACGAGGAGGAGGGUGUCAGAUUCACAGGCGGACAGGUUGACGACCUGACAAUGGCCCUGAUAGAUUCUGCGUUUGAUCGGAGUGAGGACUGCCAGGACAUCAUUGCCAUCUCUUUGUUCAACCUGGGAAAGAAGAAGCCAGAGCUGGUCCUUAGUUCGUGCUAUAGCUAUCUGCAGAAACAUGCCAAGCUUGCCCAAGGUCACAGGGUUGUGAUCCUUCAGACCAUGGAGAAGAUAAUACAUGAGAAGCUGGAGGUACUAGACAAGGACCUCGCCAUCAGUCUGGUGAAGCAGGCCUCCAAGGAGCUCACACAGGAAACUGAUGUGAUACCAGAGUGGCAGACAGCAGCCAGUGGCGUCCUGGUGGCGCUGGGCAAGAAGUACUGCAAUGAAGUGAUGGAGAACAUGCUACUUAAGUUCCAGCCUGGAACGCUGCCACAUUUCUUUGUAGUGCAGACCAUUGCAAAUUUGUGUUCUGUGAAUGUGUAUGGGAUGGUUCCUCAUCUAACAGCUGUGCUGGGGACCAUGCUACCGAUGUUGGGGAUGGCAAAACAAGACAACAUGAGAUGGGUGUUCUCCUCAGCCAUUUCCAAGUUCAGUGAGGCAAUAAUUGAUUACAUAGCCAAUAUCGACAAGGCACCAGAUACAAGUGUAAAGAAAGAAAUGUUCUCGUCAGAGAUUUUCUCGGCUUAUGAUGUCAUCUUCAAUGUGUGGAUACAGUCAAAAGAAGUGAAGCUCCGUCUGGCAAUCGUUGAAGCCCUUGGUCACAUGACACAUCUCAUGGCACGAGACAAGCUGGAGGAGCAGUUGCCACGGAUACUGGCGGGAAUCCUGGGCCUGUACAAGAAACACCAGGAACCCUUCCAUAUCACACAGGGCUUAUGCAGUGUACUGGACGCUAUCUGUGAGGGUGGGAGCACUAUACUGGAACCACAUCUAGAACAUGUGCUCAAUGCACUCUUCCCACAGAUUUUUGCACCUGUGGACUUCAAUAAUCCAAUGAGCAUGAAGAAUCAGAAUGAAGUUUUGCGAUGCUUUGCAGUGAUAGCGGGGUCUUUUUCUGGAAAGCUGACAGGAAUUCUUCUGCAGAAGCUGGAUCAGAACAACGAGAAGAUGAAGAUUGGGAUACUGACCAUCUUCAAACACCUCAUAAAUGCUGCUGCUCCAGCCAUGGAAGACAAGAAGGAAGUUGUGCUGUCUGGACUGAAAGGCAUCUCACAAGAACCAAGCAAUAAGGUGAAGAAGGUGUUUGCUCAGGUCGUCAUAGCGAUGGGUCACCAUGGUUACAUGGAGCUGGAGGGUGGGACCAACAUGAUAGAGUUCAUAGCCAUACAGUGUUCACUGCAGGAUGAACCACCAGGCACCAAGCGUUCCCCUGACCCAGAUCAUGUGACCAACACACAGCUGCGCCAUAUGUGUGAUAACGUGCUUCAGUUGCUUACCAACACUGUUGAGCAAAUGGAAAAUGUAUUGUGGCCAUACCUGCUGGAGCUGGUAGUGCCCGAGAAGUACACGGAGGGGUCAGGGGUCAUAUGUCGUUGCCUGGCAACCAUUGCCAACAAGAAAAGGGAGGCAAAUGCAGAAGACUAUGACCUGGACUACGAGACACAGGCAAACUUGCCAAAGCCUUGUAAUGUGAUAGCCCGUCUGAUGACCCUGGCUGGACGGCCCCUAAAUGGUCGCCAGCGUGGUGUACAUGUGCUCAACCUGAUGAAGGGUCUGGCCCCUAAUCUCCAUGACAACCUUACCGAGCUCUGGGAUACGGUCAUACCAAAGCUGGUCCAGUAUCUUGAAGAUCCAGAGAAGACAGAGAGCUGGUCCCAAAAGAGCUGGGAGGACCUGCUGUUGAAGAUGUUGUCCAAGUCACUGGACGUGGUGGAUCACGAGGAGUGGAUAGCAGAGCUGGGAGAGACAUUUGCCCAACACAUACCCAUGUAUACUAGGUUACCUGAGGAAAAGAACUUCCUGUACAAGUGCAUUGGAAUCGUUAUGAGGAAGUCAACAAAGAAAGACUUUGUGAACAGGAUGUUGGAUCAAGUCUUCAACACUGUCAGACAUACUGACCAGAUUGAAAGAGAGGGCUGUGCCGUGUGCCUGGGAUUCUGCGCCACGUCUCAUCUGGACGCAGUCCUCACUAAACUGGAGUCGGUCACCAAGGCAGACCUGUCACAGAAGAAGUCAGGAGUGUUCAGCUUCAUGAAGUCAGAGAAAUCGGAGGGAGACGUAGAGCGUAUGAAGGCGACGCUGAUGCUGUGUUACGGGUUCGUGGCCCUGUACUCUCCUCCCACCCUGAUCAUCUCCCGCAUGGAGGCUACCAUACUGAGGUCAAUUCAGCCGUACUUUGCCAACGUCAAGGACAGCACUGUGAAGCAGAACCUGAUCCGGGCAGUGGACCAGAUAGGCCAGGCCCUGCACCCAGACCACCUCGGACAGAAGUACAACUUCUCUAACCGCGGGGAGUUCAUCUCUCACCUCCAGGCCUAUAUGCAGGCUGAGAGCACGCAGCACAUCACCAGUGACACACGGUUAUUGGCCCUCAACGCCUGCACCACACUGAUUAAACUGGACCCGAUUCUCUCGGAGGCUGACCUCUUUGACCUAAUCAAGACGGCAACAGAUUUCGUGUUCCCAUUGCCCCUGGAUGGUGGGGCCGCAGGGUCCAAGAAGGGGAAAGGGGAGGGGAUGGACCCAGAUGAGGUUGAGGUGCUCAUGGAGGCCACUGUGGAGGCCCUUGACGACCUUUUGACCCAGAUACUCAGCAAGGACAUUACCAUGGCGACUUUCGAUAGCAUUCUGAAGCAUCUGAUUCCCUGGUACCUGUCUGUUCAUGAUCAUGAGCGCCAGCGAGCUGUGAGGAUGACACAUGUCCUCUUGAAAUACCUGCUGGAAAAUAUAGAAACCAAGGCCCAGAAGUUUGAGAACCUGCACAUCCUGUUGGCCAGGCUGGUUCCCAGGUGCUCAGAUCCCUGCAUCGAAGUGAGACAACUAAGCAUGGAUUGUAUCCAGGCUUCUCUCCACCUGGCACAGAGAUGUAGCGGUAUUGGUUCGGACCAUAAGGACCCGAUGGUGGAGGCUUUACCCACACUGCGGGCUCGACUGGAAAAAGGAGACCCCAAUGUCCUGUACAGUGUCGUCAAUGACCUCUCAAAGGUGAUCUCUAAGAAGCUUCCAUCAGAGCAGUUAAAGGCGUUCAUAGAGCUGAUCCAGGAAGGCCUGCUGGACCCCCAGUCACACAGCUCCUCAGGGGCCUGUGUUGUCCUCAAUGGACUCAUGAAGAACAGGGGCACAGAACUUCUCAAAGAGGUUGACGCCAUUCUAUCAUCGAUCCACGAGAAGCUCUUUCAGAUCCAGUUUCCACAAACCAAGACCGGUGCCCUGCGUGCUGUACGAACUUUGGCCCAGCAUCACCUCUUCCAGGUCCUCAAGUCACUGCUGGGAUACAGCCUGCCUUUUGAUGAAAAUGUGGUGGAGAUCUGGAAGAUCCUGUCCAGUGACCCCCAGCUGGUGGCGGUGAUGCUGGACCACAUGUUGGAGCUCUACGGGAAGUCUCUGCCCUACGAGGAGAAACAACCGGACGAUAAGAAGGAACCAGUCCGCAGGGCCACACAGACACCCUUGGCAAUCACCUGUGCGCUGGUGGAGAUACUGCAGGUUGAGGAGACUGAGGAGCAGGUCAAGAAGUCCUACCACCGUCUCUUUGCAGCCCUCCUUGUGCGCAUUGGCUCUAGUGUGGGUGUGGAACCAUUGAAACCUGCACAGAAAAGCAGAAGUUGGAAUUUAUUUGGAAGUAAAUCAGAGCCAGCUGCAAAGGACAAGAAGAAAGGAGUUCCUCCGCCCACAUCAUCAAAACAAGUCAAACCAAGCAGCGUUGCUGUGGAUGCUUUCAAGAAGUUCCUUGCCAACACGAAGAGUGAUGACAUCACACAGGUGCUGGAGGAGGGGCAGUGCUGGGGGAAACUGGAGGACCGAGAGGAGCUGCCAGGGGCCAUCAACACUCUCACAAAGGCCCUGGUGACCAGUACAGUGGGCGGUGAAUAUGUCUCGAAGAUUGUCUCUAGUCUGACCAGCUACAUGUCCAGUCUCUAUGACCCACAGAGGGUUGUAGUGGCCGCAUUCUUUGCACAGUUAAUAGAAGAAAAAUGCAUGGGAGAUGAUACACUGGUGGAACUGGUGAUGAACAGUCUGCUGGGGCGCCUAGUAGACCAGUCCCACAUUGUUAGACAGAUGUGUAUCCGUGGUCUGGGCAAUGUGGCCCGUAUCGGGAAGGCACAGGUCCAGCACUACUCGACCACCGUGCUGUCAGCCAUGAUGGCAGGUAUGGAUGACAAAGAGGAUCCAGAGGAUGACAUCACGGUUGAGGCCAUGAGUGGACUGUCCCGUGUUCUCUCUGAGAUAGACGAGAAACACAUACGUGCCAUUCUCAUAAACGUGGCUCUGAGGAUCCGGCCUUGCUUUGAAAAGGAAAAACCUAAUGUCAGAGCUCAGUCUAUCAUCUUGUUUGGCAACCUGUCUGCGUUUGGGGAUGGUCCAUCCAAACUGCCAUUUUUAGAACAAAUUCACAGCAACUUUGUAAGCCUACUUCUGCACUUGAAUGACCCUGACAAUGAUGUGAAGAAGGCCUGUAAGAGUGCCUUAAAGCAGGUGGGAACCUUGAUUGGCUCGGACUCCAUCAACAAAAUGUUCCAGAAGUUUCUUCUUGAGGAGUCCAACUUACACUAUGGAGAAUUCAUGAAUGACCUUUCAAAGCUUAUAAUACAAGAUUUUCCUGAAAAGGUCAAUUUCUAUGUGAUGGGCUGUGUCUCGUUCUACAAGAGCGUGUGGCCAGAAAUCAAAAGCAAUGCUGCCCUAUUUACAGGAUUUUUGUUGGGUAAUCUUCCAGAAGAAAGACAAGGCGUUAUUUCUAAGGAACAUGUUUGUGCAGCCCUGAUCCUGCUAUUGAAGGACCCUACCCCAUCAGUGAGGUCCACUGCUGCAGAGGCCAUGAGCCUGCUAGACAAGUACUAGCCCACCGUCGUAAUAGAGGAAGGUUCUUCACAUAUCAAAGGGGAGAGUGCUGUACAGCUCAGUGUUGUACUGUUCCAAAUCUAUUAUGCAAUAUUCGGUGCUCAAUGUAAUAGAUACAUUUUGUAUUUUAAAUUGUCCAGCGAUAGAUAAUUGGUUGCCUGUAAGCUUUAGACAAGACCUGUCAAGCCAAUUUCAAUUCCACUGGGCAAUUAGCUUUUUAGAAAAGCUUAAAACAUUUUCCCACAGUGUAUUUUGGAAAAAGAAUGUACAUUCAGGCUCAUUACAGUGCAUUAAACACUGAGGCAUGUUAUUAGAAGUGUGUUUAUUGUGUUUUCUUAAAGUAAGUAUAAAAUACUUAUGACAUGUAAUCUGUUCUGUGACCCUUAUCCUUUGCGCAAACAACCAAAGUAGUUAAAUCAGGGCUUCCUACAAUUAAGUUAGUUUUUAUCCCUAUUGUCAUAGAGUAAUGUGAAAUAGUUGUACUUUCUGGUGCAAAUACAUGUUACACUUUUCAUUGAACAGUGGAUAACUAAUUUGUUACAAAUAUUAUGUGAUGAAAAUGUAUAUCUUUAUUCCUGCUGGAUAUUAAACUGAGUAUUAUGUGAUGGAUCACAGGUAUUAGGCGCAUGGCCAAGUCAUUUUGACAAAAAAAAUCUGAUAUAAUAUAAUAUAUUAUAUCAGAGUAAAAAAAAUAUUGUCAAAAUGAUUUGGCCAUGCGCACAAUACGUGUGUGAUGGACAAGCCCAGAGACAAGUUUCUUUAAUAUCAUAUUAUUUAUAACUUUUUUUGUUAAAUGAAAUGAAACUGUAUUUGUUGUUGUAUUUAUUGUUGCGUUAAAAAUGUAAUAGAAUUUACAUUUAACUGUUACUUUCUUGUGUAUAUGUCAGGUGAUCCUGGAUACCAAAUGUGAUCCGUUUUUUGUUAAAGACUUUAGGUGUUGACUUUUUGUAAUUAAUUUAGUAAAAAAAGUUGAAUGAUAUAUUUAAGAUAUUUUUUAAUAAUAUGAAUGAUUGAAUUUUAACUCAUAUAAAAGUGUUAACAGUGUAAUCAAAUACUAGGGUAAAUUAAAACAUAAAACAAGAUUAAUACAUUGUAAUAGUAGAUGAAACUAAAGUGUAACUGUAAUUUUAAAUCUGAAAUGAAGACAUACACCUUUGUUAAUACUACAAUAUAUAGUAGUGUUCUUUAACAAACUAUCUUUUUCUUUAGGUACACGUACUUCACC